AUGAUUUGCAGAAUAAAAGAUAAAGCAUAUGUUGCUCCUGAAAACGAUAAAUGGAGGCAUGACGACAGUAACUCAGACAAUGAAGACUCAAAGAUGAAUGAGAUGGUUGAGAAAAAGACUAGGUGGUGGCAUGUUAGAGAUGGAAAAAGGAAAAGGACACCUAGGUCAUCCCCUGCGGUUGUUAUUCCUAAAGAAGGAGAAAAGGUUCUAGAGCCAUCUGUGGUGAUUGAACAAGGUGCUGAUUUAUUAAAGCAAUCUUUGGAAAGCUAUUUGAAAAAGAAUGAAGAAAUUGCAGCACAACAAGCUCAAGGAACAAGUGUUCAUGCUGAAAAGGUUACAAGGGUUCAACCAGAAACAAAAGAUCAAAGUGAUUCAAGUAAUGGAGAUUCUGAAGCUACUCAAUCUGAGUCUGAACUAAUUCCUGAAACUCUUGGUAGAGGAAAAGCUCAAUUGAAGAAAAGACUUUCAAAGAAACAAAAGGGAUCUGAUGAAGAAGAUUCUCCUUAUGAUCCUGAAAAAGUCAAAGAAACAAAGAAAGAAACGAAAGGAGCUGAGACACAAAAAGAUAAAGAAGGGAAGGCAGCUCAACAUGUUCAGAAAGAAAAAUCACCAAGUGUUGAUGUUCCGAAAGAACUAGAGAUCACUGGAUUCAGAGCUGCUAGUCCAAAACCUGUUCAACAAGAGAUUCCUCAGUCAUCACAUCAGAAAGUAGAAGAUUUUAACUUUGAUUUUGAUAAUAUUGGUCCGGUUACUGGUAUUUUCUCUGAAGAUAUGCCUGAAGGUGAAAGUGAUAUGUUCAAUGAUCAGGCGGUUAAAGAACUGAUUAAGAAAGUUAAAGAACUGGAGAAAGAGAAAGCAAAAGCUGAGAAAGAACGUAAUAUGUUGAGAAGUCAAAUUGAUGAAUUGAUGGAAGCUCACAAUAAAAUAGUUGCAGCAUUGGUUGAAAAGGAGAAAAGAAUGAAUCAAAUGAAGGAUGAGGCCGAGGGUAAUUCUAAAGUGUUUGAUUCAUUAACACAAGAGAUAUCUUCUUUGAAUGCCAAGAUAAAGGAUCUGGAGAAUGUAAAUCAAACAUUAAAUCAGCUUCUCAAUGAGAUGAGUGAAGCUUCGUCUAAUGAAAUGAAGGCAAUGAAAUUAGAGAUGGAAGCUAUGAAAGCUGAUAAAGUAAUGAAAGAUCAACAACUUCAGAUGCUGGUUGCUGUAGUUGAAAGUCACUUAAAGAUGAACAUUCAUGCUGCUUUUGAUGAAAUUGAUGUGAUAAGAGCAAAUGAAAGGAGAUUGGAACGUGAACGUCAAAUGGCUGAAGAAGCAAACCUAAAGAACAAAGGAGUAGUUGAAGAAGUUGAGAUAGUUGAUGCAUCUUCGAUUCAACCAAAUGUUGGAGGUUCUUCUUCGCAACCAGAUAUUGAAAUGAUUGAAGUGGUUGAGGUUCAAGAACAAGAAGUUGUUAAAGAUGAUCAAGAGAUGGUUGAAGCUGAAGAUGAAGAGCCUCAUGAACCAGAAUACUUGAUUGUUGGUGAGCCCAUUGAGCCUAUUAUUGUUGAAAAUGUUCUUCGAAGAGUUGAAAUUAUUCAAAGAAGAAGAAGAGCAAGGGAAGUACUAUUGCUGGAAAAGGGAAGAAUAGCUCGUGGUGAGAUUGUGGAUGAAGAUUCUGAUAAAGAGUUGUUCGGAGAUGAUGAAGUGGAGGAUGAAGAAGAGGAAAAGGAAGAUGAAGAUAAAACUGAUGACAAAGAUGAUGACAAAUCUAAUAAAGAUGACAAAGACAAUGACGACAAUGAUCAAGGUGCUUCAGGUUUAUUAAUUAGAGAACCAAAUGUUCAAGAAAGAGUGGAAGAGUUGAUGAACAAUGAAAUAAAUGAGCAGGAGGAUGAAGUUGAAUAUGAAGCAUCAUCGUCUGGAAAACAAUCUGUUGAUCAGGUACUUCUUUCUAACCCUACUGUCAUUUACUUAUCUGGUAAACAACAAGGAGAGGUAGAGGUUAGAAGAACACGGGCUGAAAUGCUAGAGGAAUUGGGGUUGGAAGAUGGAAAAUUUAAAUUUGACAUUGAAGAUGAAAUUCCUCAUUCACCUGCAAAAGAUUUUGAGCCUAGAUACCCGCAUGAAGCUGAUCAUUAUGAUGAAGUGAUUGUUGAAAGCGCGUCUGAUUCAGAAGAAGAUAGGGUAUAUUUUCAUUAUGAAGGGGAAGAUGUUGCAUUCCCUACGUUUACUGAAAUGUUUUAA